AUGAAGAGCGGCGCUGAAGCAGACAUUGCACGCCAAGUAGACGCGUUGGUGGCCGCCCAGGUGGCAGAGCUGUUGAAAGUGCACAUUCCCGAGGAGCUGCAAGUCGAGGUUGCGCGGCAAGAGGAAUGGUUGGAGGAGAUCCAGAGGGAUCUCCGCAAUUCCGAGAACCGGCGGGCAAAUGCGAUGCUUCGCGAUGGCGAGUCAGCACCGCUGCAGCCGAUCUACAAGAUGGACGGAACGGUCGCAGACAAGUUUCCAUCGACGCUGAAAGAGCUGUUUGAAAUGGACGGUGAGUCGAGGCAACGAAGCGGCCUGGGCUGA